GAUUAUCUAUUAGUCAUCCUGCUCUAUAUAUAACCAUCAGAGGGAAGAUUGAAUCUUCAGAAACAAAAAAUCCUAAACAAGAAGUCAUCCUUUCUUAAAUAAUUCCUUAAAACUUUCUUCAUGGCUGCUCAAAACCAUGUCCAACUUACUGUCCUUAAAGAACAUGAUAACCAGAACCAAAACGAAGUACCUGAAGAAGAAUUUGACUACUCCCAAAGGGCACAAUGGCUUAGAGCUGGUAUAUUAGGAGCCAAUGAUGGAGUGGUUACUACUGCAUCUUUGAUGAUGGGUGUUGGAGCUGUCCAGAAAGACGUUAACGCCAUGAUCCUAAUCGGCUUUGCAGCAUUGUUUGCUGGUGCUUGUAGCAUGGCUAUAGGAGAGUUUGUUUCUGUGUACUCUCAACUGGACAUAGAGCUAGCUCAAAUUAAGAGAGAGAACACAAUAAGAGGACAGAAUCAUGAAGAGCAAGGAGAAGAAGACAAGAAGGAAGGACUCCCAAAUCCAUUUCUGGCAGCCAUAGCUUCAGCUGUUGCAUUUUCAUUGGGUGGAAUAAUACCAAUUCUUGCAGCUGGAUUUAUAUCUAACCAUAAGGUCAGAAUGGCUGUGGUGGUGGCUGCAGUGAGCGUGGCAUUGUUUGUAUUUGGAGGGGUUGGUGCUGUUCUUGGCAGAACUCCUGCAGUGAGGUCUUGUGCCAGAGUUUUAAUUGGUGGUUGGAUGGCUAUGGCAAUUACCUUUGGGCUUACCAAACUGAUCGGCUCUGCUGGCAUGGAGAUGUGAUUGAAACUUUAUGUUCCUGUCUCUUUUCCUAGUUAGAGUCAUCUGUUUAAGAAAUGUCUGUACUGUUGGACUAAAUCUCCUGGAUAAGACUUGAAUAAAUGAAAGAAAUCUUUGCCUUAUGGUUCUGAUAUGAA